UCUAAAACCUAAAAAAUCCUUUUAGAGAGAGAAAAUUUUCUCCAUUUUCCACCCACCGAUCGCUUAUUUUAUUAAUUAUUAAAUUAAUCAUGUAUCGAUUAACCGCCUUUUCGAUCUCAUCAAUAUUAUUUCUACUUUUUCAUUUUAUUUUUUAUAUAUCUGCCCUUAAACACGACGAUGAUGACUCAGCUCCCAAAUUUCUCCGGCCACCAAUUUCCGGCAAUAACAACCGCCAAACGAUGUUUCUACCUCUUUUUCCGUCACCGCCUAACACCUCCCGGAUCUCCGGCGACGUUAUAUCCCGGCGGUAUCUCUCCGGCAGUCACCGUCCAAACGCUCGGAUGGCUUUACAUGACGAUCUUCUUCGCAACGGGUAUUAUACGACGAGGCUGUGGAUCGGAUCACCGCCGCAGCAUUUUGCGCUAAUUGUCGAUACAGGGAGUACUGUUACUUAUGUUCCUUGCUCUACCUGUGAACAAUGUGGCAAGCAUCAGGAUCCAAAGUUCGAUCCAGAGGUAUCCAGUUCCUACAAGCCUGUUAAAUGCAACGUAGAUUGCACCUGUGAUAAUAACAGGGGGCAAUGCAUCUAUGAAAGGCAGUAUGCUGAAAUGAGUUCUAGCAGUGGUGUCCUUGGUGAGGACAUAAUAUCUUUUGGCAACCAAAGUGAUCUUCGACCUCAACGUGCUGUUUUUGGCUGUGAAAAUAGAGAAACGGGUGAUCUUUACAGUCAGCAUGCUGAUGGAAUAAUGGGUUUGGGCCGUGGUGAUCUGAGUAUAGUUGAUCAACUUGUUGAUGGAGGUGUCAUAAGUGAUUCUUUUUCUUUGUGCUAUGGUGGAAUGGAUGUUGGUGGUGGUGCGAUGGUCCUUGGUGGGAUUUCUCCCCCUGCAGAAAUGGUGUAUUCUUAUUCGGACCCUGUGCGCAGCCCAUAUUACAAUAUUGAGUUGAAGGAAUUGCACGUUGCUGGGAAGCGGUUGCCAUUAAAUCCGAGCGUCUUUGAUGGAAAGCAUGGAACAGUUCUAGACAGUGGUACAACUUAUGCCUACCUGCCUGAAGCAGCUUUUAUGGCAUUUAAGCAUGCUAUCAUGAAAGAACUCAACGAUGUUCACCAGAUUGAUGGUCCUGAUCCAAGUUAUCAUGACAUUUGCUUUGCAGGAGCUGGAAGUGAUGUUUCACAACUCAUGAAAACAUUCCCAUCUGUUGAAAUGGUCUUUGGGAAGGGACAAAAGCUGCUUCUCUCCCCGGAGAACUACUUGUUCAGGCACUCGAGGGUUAGUGGAGCUUAUUGCCUUGGGAUUUUUCAGAAUGGAAAGGACCCAACUACUCUUUUAGGAGGCAUCAUUGUGCGCAAUACUUUUGUUAUGUAUGACCGUGAGCACAAGAAAAUUGGAUUCUGGAAAACCAACUGUUCUGAUAUAUGGGAAAGGCUUCAUGUUUCUGGUGCACCGCCCCCUCAAGUACCUUCUUCACCAAAGGGAUCAAGUUCUAUUGCUAAUAUCUCUCCUUCUUUGCCGCCAACCAUCCCCCCACAGUAUAUUCCUCCAGGAGAAACAGAAAUUGGAAGUAUCACAUUUUAUAUGUCCGUGAUUCUUAAUGACUCUAAUGAGAAGUCUCAAUUCACAGAACUUUCUCGCCUAAUUGCCCAGGAGUUGCAUGUUAAUAAUUCACAGGUUCACUUAUUGAACUAUACUUCUAAAGGAAAGGAUUACCUUACAAGAUGGUCUAUCACUCCACCAAAGUCUGCUGACUCUAUGUCUAAAUCAACUGCGCUGAGGAUUAUUUCCCGGAUAGCUGAUGGUGGUAUACACCUUCCCAAGUCCUAUGGGCGAUAUAGAUUAUCCAACUGGAAUGUUCAGCCCCCGCCAAAAAGAAACUGGUGGCAAAAGAGUUACAUGGUUGCGGUGGUAUUAUCAUUUGCAGCAUUAGCAGUUUCACUAUCAGGUGUGGGAACUUGGUGGUUUUGGAGACGGAUGCAACAGUCUUCUUUACAAUACAAGCCAGUAGAUUCGGUUGUACCUGAGCAAGAACUUCAGCCAUUGUAAUCGUAUGGUGACAAGUUUCUGGUCAUGACAUAUCGAGCUGUUGUGAUGGGUGGAUGAAUGUGUGUACGGCAACCAUGCCAUCAACCUGAUGUAAUUUUGUCUGGUGAAAAUGAAACUUGCAUAUUCAAAAUCUUAAAUGCUUUGUUUAUAAAGGGAGAAGCUCACAUCUUAAGGUAGUGGUAUGAGACAUAUAUUUUAACUUGGUUGUGGGUAUAUGUACAACAUUUCAGGCCCAAACUAUAAGCAAAACAUUGGUCCUAUUGUCAAUAUUCAUAGGUUUUUUGUCAACAGAAAUUUUCAAUUGAUUGAUGUUUUUUGUU